AUGGCGUCCGUUACGUCGUUGGACAAAGACUUGCGCAGUCUACGACUGUCCCGCUAUACCCCGCAGGCAGCUGCCGAAGUGCGCGACUGGAUCGAGGAAGUCCUUCAGGAACAGUUAGCCCCGGGUGAUCUCUUGGAUGCGCUCAAAGAUGGUGUGGCGCUAUGCAAGUUGAUCAACCUAGCUGUCUCGCCCGGCGUCAAGUACAAGCAGUCAUCGAUGCCCUUCGUGCAGAUGGAAAACAUCUCCCACUUUCUUCGCGCUUGCCAGAUCCCCCCGCUAAACCUCCCGCCACACGAUGUGUUCCUGACAGUCGAUCUCUACGAAGGCAAAGACCCUGCGCAAGUCCUACAAUGCAUCAUGUCCUUCAGUCGCAGGGCAAACGCCGUCCAGCCCAGCAAGUUUCGCCGUACCAUCGGUCCACAAGUCAACAAAGGUAGUGGUUUGAGUCCGGAUGUAACUGGUUCUAGCCAAAGGCUCACCACCCCCUCGCGGUUCCGUGGAGCCAGUCCGAACUCGAGCGCACAGUCCACGCCUGCAAACUCGUCAAAUGUCAGUAGCUGGAGUAGGAAAACGGAUGAGACGUCUACGGCUCCCGCUUGGAAUAUCCACCAGUAUGGCUAUAUGGGUGGGGCGGACCAGGGCAAUCAAGGGGUGGUCUUUGGUGGGCGGCGCCAGAUCACCACUGCCGCUCCGGUUGUCCCUAGUCUUGCAGAAAAAGAGAAGCGCAGACAUGAAGCGGAAGAAAGAGCACUCGUGGAAAAGCAAGGCGCGGAACAAGCACGUCAGCGACAGCGAGAAGCUGAAGAGGAACAGGCCCGGCUAGAGGAACAACGAAGAUGGGACGAACAUACAACCCGCCUGAGGGAGCAGGAGCGCCUUCAGGUUGAAGAAGAGAAGAAACGAUGGGACGAGGAGAAGCGCCUGUGGGAAGCAGAAGAACAGCGCCGUUUGAACGAGGAAAGGGAAGCGGAAGAAAAGUUCGAACAGGAAAGGCAACGCAGGCGGAGCAUGGCCGACAACCGACUUAACGGUCAGUUCCUAAGCCAGUAUCAAGCCAGCCAGCCGAGCCCUGUCAAAGUAGCGCCGCUGCCAUCGGCUGAAUCCCAGGAAAGCCAACGCGUCAAGGAGCUGGAAAGGGAACUGCAACUUGCGCGCGAGCGAGAACUCAAGUACCAACACGAACGCGAGGAUUUCAAGAAAAAGGCCGAACCUCCUCGCCCUCGCCCGGUCCCUCCCAAGCCAAGCUAUGAUUUCUCGUCCCUCGAGCAAGAACGCCGGAUGCUCCGCACCGAAUGGAACAAAAACCAGGAUGAGUUUUCUGCUCCACCAACACCCCCUCGCCCCUUGCCCGACCCAACCCAAGCCCAGAAAUCCCCUCAAACCUCCCCACGUCCCCUCCCCGACCCUGUCGCAUACACCAACGCCCGUGAGAACCGCGUCGAUCGCUUCCUUGCCUCCAACAAACCUCCCGUCGCACCAAAACCCACCAGCCACCGCCCAGCAGACUACAGUACGACCGCCGAAGUCGACGCUGAAAACAGCCGUCGCGAGGCUGCACAACAGCAGACCAAGGCCGGUGGUUGGGCGUCCAAGUCGCUUUUGGAACGUGAGAUGGAGCGCGAACGCGAGCGUCAGCGCGAGUGGGAGGAUGGCCAGAAGGAGACCCAGGAAGCAGCGGCCAAGGGUCUUGCGGAUCCUAGUCAGGGAUCUGGACCUGGGGGUGCGUGGAAUGUCUUCCAGUAUGGAUAUAUGGGCGGUGAUAAUCAGAGUAGGGGUGGUCCGGGUUUGAGUGCCUGGGGUGCUAGACGUCAGAUCAUUGGGCCCAGGCCUCCGCCGUAA